CAAGAUAAGAGCAAACUCAAAACCCUAAUUCGCAAAAGCCUGGAUUUUUGCUUGUAUAUAAGUGUCUGUGCCUCCUCCCUCGUUCGCACGCCACGCACCAAGCAUCUGCUGCCAGAGCCACAUCCAUCGCCGUUCGCUCAAAUUUUCCGGUUCAAGUUGUAAGGUGCUGCUGUCAAUAUGGGUCGAGUGCGUACCAAGACUGUAAAGAAGUCAUCCCGGCAGGUGAUUGAGAGGUAUUACUCCAAGAUGACUUUGGAUUUCCACACAAACAAGAAAAUCCUGGAGGAGGUUGCCAUCAUUCCUUCCAAGCGGCUGCGCAACAAGAUUGCUGGGUUCUCCACUCACCUCAUGAAGCGCAUCCAAAAGGGGCCGGUUCGUGGCAUCUCGCUAAAGCUGCAGGAAGAGGAGCGUGAGAGGCGGAUGGACUUUGUUCCAGAUGAAUCUGCCAUUAGGACUGAUCUCAUUGAAGUUGACAAUGAGACAUUGGAGAUGCUUGCAACCCUGGGCAUGGGUGAACUUCCUGGAGUGGUGAAGCAGAGUGCAGAACAAGCAUUGCCUGCUGCCCCGGCCUAUGGUCGCGGUGGUGGUGCUUUUGGAAGGAGAUACUGAGGUUGAUCAGAGCCUUCAACCACAACCUUUCAAGGAUUUUUAUCUGUUUUGGUAGUAGGGCUCUUAAUGUUGCCUCUAAAACAUUUUCAUUUCACUAUUAAAGCCGACUCAGCUCUGUUAUGGAUCAUCUUUUCUUAUUACUUGCUUCUUGAACAAACAAUUAUCUUUGCUAAGUCAUCCACUUUUCUUUAAA